ACACGUUUCAUCCAACAUCCGUUCCUUGAAGACACACUAUAAUGGAAGAAAAAAUGAAAAUCAACAUAAUGCUGUCACGACGCGUAACCUCGUCUCUUAUCGAUCUUAUUAGCAAAAAUCCAAGGAACCCGUGGAAAAUCGAACGCUGUCAAUUUCAUGUAACGAACGUGGCGCGACGAAAGAAAAAGAAGAAUGAAGAACAGGAUUUGAAGAUAAUUAAACCCGAAAAUUGCGAUGAUUUAACUAAGCCGACUCUCGAGACUUGUUGCAAAAAUGCGAUAGUGAUAGGAGGUUCAGAAGGUUUUGGUUUCGCGGCAGCUGAUCAUUUUUUAUUCAAGGGAGCUCGUAAUGUCAUAAUUGCGGAUGACGAUACCGACGAAGGGUUAAUGGCAGUGCAGAAGUUAUGCGAUUCUUAUGGGAAAGAUCGUGCCCAGUUUCUUCAUUGCGACAUAAGAAACCUCUGUCAAUUCGAAGCUGGUUUGAAACUGGCGAUUAAUAAACUUAAAAUUGUUCAUAUUCUAUUCAAUAAUCUUGACAAAGAUAGAUUGCCCACGAAAUGUAUAGAUACGAAAAAGAAUGAGAAUUAUACAGCCAGAACGAUUCGUGUGGGAAUGAUGCUAUUAGGAAAGAAUAAUGGUGGUUCUGGUGGGACAAUAAUAAAUUGUGCAAGUAUCUUUGGAUUCCUUGGUUGGCCACAGGAUCCAUUUCCCAUUUAUUGUAGAAAAGAGCCAGCUAUAGAAGUCACCCUGGAUUUCGCGAAAGAGAAUAAAAUAGAAGACACUGGAGUUCGUUUAAUAGCCCUUUGUCCGACAAACAAAUUAUUCCCUGAAAUAGGUCUACCAAAUUUUCCAGAACCAAUUCCGAAUAAAAGAGUGAACAACCUACCACCCUGUAUACCAUCCUCGAAGGAUCAAAUAGGACCUGCUUUAUGCUAUGUACUAUCCUGGGCACAAAACGGAAGUAUAUGGCUAGUGGAACCGGCGAUUAGUGUGUAUAAAAUCCCUAAAUUAAUUCAUUUUCCUUCGAAAGAAGGCGAGAAAGUCGAUCCCAAGGUGUACGAGACAAAAAUCUGUCCGAUUAAACUGAGGUCAGAUUGUGUCGAUACUUCCAAGGCCUGUAAUCCAAAGAAGAGUAGAUGGUGUCAAAAAAAUCCCUGUAUUCCAAGGAUGAUUAAAUGCUGUAAAAGAAAGAAAGCAUCGAAAAAGAAAUGAAACGUCUAAAACAUAUUUUACCAAGGAUGACA